UCUCAAUUCUUCUCCACCCCUUUUGCUGAAUUAUUGUGGUCUGUCGAAAUUUGUUGUUGAAGAAUGACUAUGGAGUUAGGAUUUUAGAUGAAAGAAAUUAUUUGUGGUGAAUUAGAAUAAAGAUGGAGUUGGGAUUUGGGAAUUGAGAUGUGGUUACUGAAUGUGAAAGUGAAUGGAAAUUAGAAUUGCAAUGUUAGGUCUGAAGCAUUACAAAUUGUAGUGACUGUGGGCUUCAUGAUUUCAUGUCGUUGGAGCUCGAUUCCGGUCAACAGUAUUAAGGUUUUGAUAGGCAUGGUUCGGUGAUGAAAAAUUACCGAAUAUGCUACUACUAUAUGAUCAUUGCUUGCUAAUUUAGGGCAAUGCCUAAGAAUAAUUAGAUACUCCAUAAUUAGGCUGAGGCAUGUAUAGUGUGAUGUAAGCUAUUGAAGACUCAUGAUGUAGUAUUGCUUGGAUGUAACCUAUUGGGGACUUGUGAGGGAUAGUUUUGCUUUGAAAUAAAUGGAACCAAGAAAUUGGGAAAUGCUGUGUGCGAUUUUUAUUGGUUUCUAGUCGUAUUUCAUAUUCUCGCGCCAUUCAUAAACGCAGCUUGUCAUUUUUCUUGAUACUAAUAAUACUGAAGAAUGAAAACUGUUGGAAAUAUAUAUAUUUAACUAUCAUAAGUUACUCGGAAAAUCAAUCUUAUAUUUUCCAUUGCUUGGGUUCUGCAUUGCUAAAUGUGUGGAUUCUAUUGACAUCAUUUUUGCCUGUGUACUGUUAAUUUUAUCAUUCUCUCCGACGAUGAUGAAGAUGUGAAGAAACCAAUUAGUGUUUUGUGGCCUCUUCUAGAUAUCUUGAUUACAUUGCACACAGUAGUGCAGCUAUGGUUUCCAGAUUCCUAAAAACCUAUAUAUGAUUUCCGACUUGUUAUUUUCUCGUACUUCUUGUACUUUGAAUUUGUGGAUCCUAGGUAAUUACUUGUGUUUUAAAAAAAUGAAACUGAAGGGAGGAGCCAACAGAUAUAGAGGAUGAGUAACAUGGCAGCAGGUCCCUCAAAAGUGAGGCCAGGUUCAUCACAACCUUCAGAAUCCUCCAAGCGUAAACGCGGAAUGUUUCAGAAGGAUUUGCAGCAUAUGAUGUAUGGGUUCGGAGAUGAUGCUAAUCCCCUUCCAGAGACUGUUGCACUUGUUGAGGAUAUUGUUGUGGAGUACGUCACGGAGAUGGUGCAUAAAGCUCAGGAUAUUGCAUCCAAACGAGGAAAACUCUUGACAGAAGAUUUCCUCUUUCUAAUCCGAAAGGAUUUGCCAAAACUCAACCGGUGCACGGAGUUGUUGUCGAUGAACGAAGAACUGAAGCAAGCAAGGAAAGCUUUCGAGGUUGACGAAGAGAAACUGGCUUCGACUGACUGAUUCUGAUAUGCGUUAUAGACUGUAUUUUGAACAAUUUUAUGGUAUGAAUUUUGUUGUUAGUGCAAUGAUGCUUUGGAAGUCAUUGAAGGAGAAAUGUUUUAUAUCCAAUUAACAUCAGUUGAAUUGGGUUGGCACUAGGCAAAAACCAAAAAUCAAAGGAUUGGAAAAAUUAUGCUACCCGAUUAUCAUUGACAAAAAGAUGACCGGGAGAAUCGACUUUUAAGAAGCCUUGUUUGCAGACAGAUUAUAUAUACAUAGAUGCAUUAAAUAUUA